CGAACAGCAUAGAAGAGACAAGCUGCUUAUCUAACAUUUUUUAAUACAGCCGGCCAUGGUCUGAAAAAACUGUGUAUUAUUAUAAUGGUAUGUGAGCUCAUGAGCUCAAAAGGGACAAUUCAUCACCGAAGGCCAAAUACGGCCUACAGCAGCACCGAUGAUCCCAAUUAAUCCAUCAAUGCACAUACUGUUAUUCUUAGAGCUAAAUGCAGGCAAAUAAAAUGUAAAUAAACGUUUUAAAAGACAACCAACUUCUAUCUGAAGAGGAGACGGUUAGGGCAGAUAUCUGACUGACGGCUGAUGCCAAAACAAGACCAAAAUGGAUUAAAAAUAAAUAAAAAAAAAAAUUACAGACGAUUAUCAAUAAACACAAGAGAAAAUGUGAGAGCACAUUAAUAUUUAUUAUGAUUUUAAAAACACACCAGCAAGCGUAAAACCCCAUUUUCAGAUAUACCAUAUUAGACACAAUAUCUAAUUAAAAAAAAAAAAACACCUUUUAAUUUUAGGCUAAUAUGAACAAAAAUAUAACUAAACGAUAUCUCAACGGUGGCACGGUGAUAAAUAUCGCCUUAGUCUUGUUCUGCUUUUUAAAUCUUUUUUUUUUUUUUUUGGCACGUACUUAACAUGGCUUUAAAAAGACAAUUCACUUCUGGCAUAAAAAUCCUGUGGAUGUUAGCUUUAAGACUGGCAGCUCUACUUAAAUAAAAGCUAACGCGGCCUGAAAAAAAGAUCGAUAGAGUCGACAGAUAGUGAAAUUGAAUGUGAAAACCUGACGAGGUUACAUUCUGCCCAGAGAACAAGUAAAGCUCGCGGGGGAGAUGUGCUUCCACUUGUCUGCAUAUCCAGUAGCCUAAUACAUAUAUAUACACACGCAAGACAACCUGACGUCGACUGUGGGAUCACCGUCUUCUCUUGUAUUUCAAGCAGUAGACUAAAAACAGCUUGCGUUCUCGGAAACCGAAGACAAAGAGGAUUUUCCUCAAAUUCACGAGUGCCACAAAAUGGCCUCAUGACCCGAUUGAGCCUGGCUGGCAGGAAAAGAUGUGGUCAACAAGGCGUUGUUCCAUUUUCUGGCAUAUUUCUGACACAAAGGCUUCUUUUGACUAUAAAAGACAAAAAUGAACAAGCAACCACGAAAAAGAUAAGAGGAAAAAUAGUUGGUGUUCCUUAAUGAAAAUUGCGCAACAUAAUUUAGACUGAUAAAUUAGAUCUGACGUCGCCCCAAGCACACACACACGCGCGCGCACAGACAGAGAGAAAGAGGGGGAAAACAGGAGACAGAGACAACGACCAAAUUCCAAGUAUGAGAUGGUGGGUCAUAAAUAGCCUAUGUACAAUACGCUUUUACACUUGUGGACUAACCAAAAUGUGCAAAAUCACAUUCCCAUAAAACUGUGGAAAAACACGUCAAUUUGCAUAACACAUACCGGUAUGUGUUGCAACAGUGUGAUAAAUUCACCAGAAGACCAGAGGAACCCUAGCGCCCCCCAAAAACCCAAGUUCCUUAGUGCACAAUCCUGUGUGCUUCACGUCAAAUGAUCCACUGAAUGGCUGACGAAUUAACUGCACCGAAUGUUCUUGAAAGGGGAAUGAGAGAGAGAGAGAGAGCACAACAGAGGACUGGAUAUUCCCUUUGUGCUUGCUGAUUGAAAUGCCUCACAGUGUUUGAGAUUCUUUCUCCGACCUUAAAAGGUUAGGUUGGGUGCAGCCGGACCCAUGGAAUGCGUCCAAACGCUCAGAUUACUGCUGUGCGAGUUGUUGUUUUUAGUGCACAAGGUUUCCGCGGCUUUUACGCAGAUGAUAUCUCUGCUCAGAUAAGCGAGUUUUAUGCAAUAUCCUGGCUUCACAAGCAUAAAGCCCCUUCUGAGCACAUCUUGAGAUUGUGUUCGCUUGAGAACGCCAUGUUUGCCUGUCGAAAGCUGAAUCAUAUAUGUAACAGCGUCCCGACAGCCUCGCCCAUAUAUGGCGCGGCAACCUUCCCCCUCUGAUGUCCUUUGUGUGGAGAAGCCAUUUCGAAAAUGAGAACAGCAGAGAAGCCGUUCAACUACAGGCUAUUUCAAAAGGUCGCUUUGGACAUGGGUCAGCAAAAAGAGGCGUUGCAACCCAACCCCCUCUUUAAAGCAGUGUUAGAGGAUCCGAAGAUGGGAAUGAAAACGUUCCUGUUUCUUCAGCGUUUAGGCCUGAUAAAAAUAUUUCAACAAAAUGUUAAGCAUGCAACUGAAUGAUCUGAAGAUACAAGUUGGCUCAAAAUUAAUGACAUCUUGAGGGAGCACUAAUAAGAAAUAGAAUUCAGUCAAUUUACACAAAAUGCAGUUUAAUUAGUAGUAAAACAUAUUUUUUCCUCCUGCAGCUAAAUAAGCAAAGACAAAAAAGAUAAACUUACUUAUUGAUUAAUGCUUGGCCCUGAACAAGACAGGGCCUUAAAAGCAGAUGAGAACUUUCAUGUGUAUUUUUCUCUCUCUUUUUACAUAGUAGUUAGUAAUAUAAGUCAAUUACAACAUUUUUAUUCAGUAGCAUUUUACUAGAGAAUAAAAUGCUGUUAUAUGGGUGUGCCAUGACCUAGUUUGCUGGGACAAAGAUGGUUUCCAGGAAGAGGAAAAAAAGCUUAAAAAUGUCAAAGGGAUAUCAUCCAACAUUUUAUCUUCCUUCUUCUCAGAUCCUGUAAACAGAAACACUGUGUGUAUUAAAUAGUCCAAUAAAAGGCUGAUGAUGAAAUCAAGAUUUAGAUCCCUUUAGGAACAAAGGAAACCCAUUUUGAGUUCCAAUGUAGGAGAAAAUGGCUGCUCCUGCAUUCAGCCUUCUUUCUGCUCUCUGUAGAAAGAACUGAGGGCUGAGCUUCUAAUAGCAGAAACUAACAUGGUGCUUCAAUCUGAUUGGCCAGAGAGGGAACUGCUGUUAACCAGCCAAUUGCCCAAGCACAGCAGAAUAUCAAACAAUAUUUGGAAUGGUUGAAAGCAUUGAAGACGUGUUUUACAAUAUUGCAAAAGUAAAAACAGGUAUUAGAUAUUUACUCUGAAUAAUCGGCAAUGGAAAGCUAAACAAACAUUUAGUUAAGCCACUUGUUUGGAACAGAUGGGUCAUGUCAAAACAUAUUCCAUAAUAAAUAUUUACAUUAAUUACAUUAACCUCCCUUCAAGAACUGUACACUUCCAGAGUUGGAAAAAUCACUCUGGGCACCAUUCACCCAGCCCACUACCUUUUUGAACUGUUGCCCUCUGGACGGUGCUACAGAGUAUUGAGCACCAGAACCAUCAGGCACAGGAACAGUUUUUUUUACCUCAGGCUAUCCAUCUCGUGAACAGUUAAAACUGCCCAGCUGAGCAAUAAUUAUGUGCAAUACACAGCUUAAAGUAUUUUUUAAAUGUAUCCAACAUACCACACCUCUUCUGCCACACAUUCCCCUGCAUAAAACCGAUUGUACUUGUUUAUUACACACACACACGCACACAUCUAUUCACUUUUUAUUUUAAUUCUAUUUGUCUUAUUGUGUAUUUCUAUAUAUACUAAUAUUUGCUAUUCACUUUUGAUUUUAUUCAAUUUUUUAUUUAAUUGUAUUAUCUCUGUCUUGCUGUGUUGUCUGUGCACUGGAAACUUGUCACAAAGACAAAUUCAUUGUAUGUGUAAACAUACUUGGCAAUAAAGUUCAUUCCGAUUCUGAAAAUUGCAUUUCGGUUCUGGACUAAAUCGAUUAGACUCUCGUACCGUGUUCCAAUUCAGUUUUAACAACCUUCUCCAGCGUUGGCCCUCCAUGUCCAUCUUGUAUUUAACGUCACGUAAAUCUAACAAGCAGAUUCAACGCGUUAUAAACCUCUAAACUUUUUUCCAGAAUUUACUACAUGGCAACUUUUUGCUGGCAUUUUACACACACAACUAUUCGUGUGUUUUAUUGUUUUUCAAAAAAUCGUAGUAUGUUGAUGUUAGAAUUAAAAAUAAUGAUUUCAACUUACGUGUCGAAUGUGCCGCCUUGUCGAAUGGUUGAGAUAGCGGUGUAUUGUGGGAGAGACAGAAACCCCAGACUAGAGGCACACAAUAUGUGUUGGCUCGCGAAAAGGAGGCAGUGUCUUUAAAAUCAUGUAAUGUGAUCGGCGAAACGUUGCAGAUAUAGCCGUUUUAUAUUAAACUACUCGAUUGGACAUAAAAUGUCCAGACCCGGGGAAAGAAAUAAGCUAAAUGAAGAUCACGAUACAAGGCAGAGUUCAAGUUUGGCGAACGGAAUGGACAACAGCCAUUCUAUUUGCAUUUCGGGAGAGAAACGAAAUCAUCAUUGGAGAAGUUACAAGUUGAUUAUUGACCCAGCAUUGAAAAAGGGAUCGCACAAACUGUAUCGCUACGAUGGACUGCACUUCAGCAUGCCGAACCCUGGAAUGCCACCGGUGGAUAUUGUUAGAGACCCAAGGAUCGGUCGUCUCUGGACAAAGUACAAGGAGACGGAUCUCCCCGUUCCUAAAUUUAAGAUCGACGAAUGUUAUGUUGGUCGCGUGCCCCCGAAAGAAAUCACGUUCGCGAGACUGAAUGACAACGUCAGAGAGGGAUUCCUCACAGACAUGUGCAAGAAAUUCGGGGAAAUCGAGGAGGUGGAAAUUUUAUACAACCCGAAGAAUAAGAAACACCUCGGAAUAGCUAAAGUCGUAUUCGAAAACGUGAAGUCUGCGAAAGAUGCUGUCCAGAAUCUGAACAACACUUCUGUCAUGGGCAACAUCAUCCACGUGGAGCUGGACCCUAAAGGUGAAAAUCGACAGAGGUACUUCCAGCGUUUGAUCAAUGGAAGUUAUACUCCACUCACGCUUCCAGUUGGUGGUGAAGAGGCUUGUGAAGUUUCUCCUCGUAGCCUGGCUGAAGCCAUGCUGGCAUGCAAGCCCCUGCGAAGGCUGUCUGAAGGCAGUUCUUCUGCAGUCACGGGCACUGCCACACCAGGUGGCACCAACACGCCUGUUUCUCUGGAUACGGCCUAUUCCAGUCUAAGGCAGGAUACGCCCCAGUCCCAGGGUACCCCGCACACACCACGUCAAUCGGGCACCCCAUUCUCUCAGGACUCCAGCUACUCUAGCAGGCAGGGCACACCUGCAUUCCAGCCUAACCGUGUGGAAGCCUCGGGAGGGUACAAGGCAAGGAGGCAUGAAACUAAAUUCCAGGACGCCUACAACCGUAGGCCAGAACGGCAUUAUGUCCAUGGCACAGGAGGGGCACACCGUGGCAACGCAGAGCAGCUGACCAGUUUUAAGCAACAUCAGCCACCUGAACCGCCAUCCCCUGCAUUUGCACACACGCCACCACCGCCAGCCACUGCAAAUUUCAAGACCGCUUUCUCUCCCUAUCAGCCCCCAAUGCACCCUGUGUACCCUCACACAGAAUCCCCAUUUCACCAGCCUGUUCAGCGGGAAGUUGAUUACAGGAGACCCUCUCAAGCCCCUAUUCCCCCAGUCACCAAUUUUACGUCUGAUAGAGACAGACCUACGACGCCGCCAAUGCCUGAGCCGCCCCCUGUGCCUGAAGCCCAUCCAGUCACACCUCCACCUUCCAGGCCCUCCCCUUCGCUGGGCACCCCCACCCAGGAUUCAGAGCGCAACAGCCUGGACUCCCGCAUAGAAAUGCUCCUUAAGCCAUUCCUGAACGAGCGCGGAGACUCGGACACUGAGGUGCGUAUGGACGGGAGCCCAAUCUCCUCGUCCUCCUCGCAGCUAUCGCCAAUCCCACCCCAUCGGCCUUCGCGGCCUUCAAGCAUUGGCCUAGAAGACAUCAGCCCUACUCCAUUACCUGAUUCGGAUGAUGACGAACCUAUCCGAGGUACAGCUUCCCUGCUGACAAACUCUAGGGUGAUGUCGCCCACCAACAGUAAGAGCAGUACAGGAUGCCCAUGGACGCCCACGGAAAAAAUGGACAUGGGCAAUCAGUCCUCCGGUGAAGACAUGGAGAUAUCUGAUGAUGAGAUGCCUGGCACACCCAUUGCCAGUGGGGAUUGUGCCAAAAGCAUUGUGGUCAACUCUGCCCUGUCGCCAAUCCAGACCAUUCCCAUGCCCCCACCAGGGUUCCCCCCUCUGCCCCCACCACAGGCUGGCUUCCUGCCACCUCUUCCACCCCACUCAACUGUUCCACACCUGGCUGCCCCUCAUGCAUUACUACACCCAUUGCACUCUUUUCCCCCUGGCAUGAUGCCCAUAAUGCAGGUGGACUUGAUGAGCUCCUUACCACAGUGGGGAAGCGUUCACAUGUCCUUCCAAAUGCAAACUCAGAUGUUAAGUCGUAUUGCACAGAGCCAGCGACUGUAUCCUUACCCCCACUUCAUGAGUGGGGCCGCAGCAGGGGCUGCCGCUAGUGCCAUGCAGUUUGGGGGCCUGUACCCACCUCUAUCUAUGGUUGGUAACCCUGCUGGCAGUGUGGGCCAUGGGCAACCCUGGCCUCUGCCCACUGUACCCAAGUUCAAUCCUUCUGUCCCACCGCCAGGUUAUGAGCACCAUAAGGAAGACCCUCACAAAGCCACUGUGGAUGGAGUGCUUAUGGUUGUUGUCAAAGAGCUCAAGGCCAUAAUGAAAAGAGAUCUCAACCGUAAGAUGGUGGAGGUGGUGGCCUUCAGGGCAUUUGAUGAGUGGUGGGACAAACAGGAGCGUUCUGCAAAGGCUACACUUACUCCUGUGAAGACAGGUGAGAGUAAGGAUGAGGAGAAAGAACGGGCCAAGCCCAAAGAGACUAUAUCCUCUAGCUUGUUAGAGAACUGGAACAAGGUUGAGGGUAUGGGCUUUGAGAGUAUGGGGCUUGGCAUUGGCCUGCGUGGUGCCAUCAGGUUACCGUCCUUCAAGGUAAAGAGGAAACAGCCCCCUGAACCAACAUCAACCAAUGACAACAAGAGAGUGAGACCAUCCACACCUGUCGAUGAUGAGCUGGAGGAGGAAGAAUCAGAAAGAACAGAACUUCGCCCGGAUGGAUCCAGAGCGGAUGGCGGUGGUUCUGCUGCCAAGCGAAGACCAGCCAGGCCUUUGGAACUGGACAGUGAGGGUGAGGAGGAGGAAACAUCCGGUAAAGAGGAGUCAUCGCUGUCCGAUCAUGAAGAGGAGCCAGAUGAAGAUGCUUCUGAGAGGUUGUCCUCUGGCAAGGGUAUCGUGGAAGAGGAAGAUGACGACAAAAAGAGCGAAUUAGACUCUAGUGAGAGUGAAUCAUCAGAUUCUUCAGAUGAUGCCUCUAGUUCAUCGUCCUCCAAAUCUGGUUCAGAUUCCUCUGGGAGCGAGAGCUCGUCUGACUAUGAAUCAAGUUCAGAGGAGGAGGAGGAAGAAGAGGAAGAAGAGGAAAGAGUAUUAGGAAUGGAGGAUGAAGAUGAAGUACAAACCUCAUCAUCAUCCUCAUCUUCCUCAUCCUCAUCCUCUACUGAAGAGGAGGAUGUUGAUGUAAAAGCCCCCAGUACUCCCAUAGUACCACCCCCAGAGGAGGAGUCAACAGAGGGGUUAGAAGAGGCUGAGAAUGGUGGUACAGUUAACUCAGUCAAACCUGGUUUUGAAAUCAUUCAAACUCCAUCACCCAAAGGAGUGCCAGUUGAGGAACCCGACAUUGACUUGGAGGUCAGUGUUUCAGUGCCCAAAGCUGAAACAAAUCUUGAUGAUGUUGGUAGCCUGCGGCCACCCACCCCAACAGGUUCAUUUGAAGACUGUGAUCAGGACAACCGACCAAAGAUCCACGCAGAGGAGGAAUUCCCCCAUACCACAGGUUGUGAUGGCCCAGUUCCCUUAGAAUCAUUGGCCUCAAUCCCUCUGUCUCUUCCUGCUUCUUCCAUGCACCUGCCGCUUCCCCCCAAUAAUGUCCUUGAACCACGUUCCCUUCUUCCACCACCUGAGGCUUUGCCUGAAUUGCCUGUUCGUGGGCGAUUGUCUACAGAAGAGGACAUCCCAAGAACACCAGGCAGAGACCUUAUGGACAAGCCUCGAGGUUUGGGCAAGUCGCAAAGCACUGAUACAGUUCCUGUCACACCAGGCAGUGACACUCCGCUAACAGGUAACAGCUUGAGCUCCCCGCACAUUCCCGGCAGCCCUUUCUCUUACCCUGCCCAAUCCCCUAUCCUCAGCGCUGGCAUCCCUCGAACUCCAGGUAAAGACUUUACUUUCACUCCAGCUUUUCCUGAAUCUGCUGCUUUACCUGCAGGCCUUCCCAUUCACAGGAAGGCCUCCUCUGAGAGCUUUGAGGAGAAGUCUCUCUUUAAAGAGCCGCUGCUCAGUGCUUCUGUUCAGGCCAGCCUACCUAACUAUGCAGCUUCCUCUCCUUUCCCUGACCCUCCCCUUCCUAUUGCUUCACUUCAGGAGCCAACUUUGCCUCCCCAAGGCUCCUCCCCAUCUGCUGUAGAAAUGUCCUCCACCCCUGCUCAAAAAGACAUACCUGUUCCAACGAUAGAUGUUCCUGUGCCCUUAGAUGCUACUCCAUACAAGAGGAAACCAGGACGAUCCAAGUAUAAAAAGGGGCCUAUGGUCGGUCCUGAAGAUGCCCAAGAGCCUCCAGAUCAAAUGGUGGCCUCUUUGCCUCCAGACCUACCAGUAAACCAUUUGCAUCCAGAGCUUCCUACAGAGACGCUUAAAGAAGCAGGUAGCGAUUCCACAGCCAUGGCCUUGGAGGAAGAAGACCGAACUCAGACAGUCAUACCUCAUGAGGUGGAGGACAGGCUUUUCUAUGUGGAGGAACCUAUUCAGAAGACACGUCGACAGAGGAGAGGCUGGCAAGAAUUGUUAUUGUCCAUGCAUUCCCCUGUGACAACACCACCCCAUCCCAGUUUCCUACCCCGUUCAGAAUUUGAGGAGAUGACCAUCUUGUAUGACAUCUGGAAUGAUGGUAUCGAUGAGGAGGACAUCCUCUACCUUAAGGUCACUUACGACAAGAUGCUUCAGCAGGACAAUGGCAAUGACUGGCUCAAUGACACACUCUGGGUCAACCAUCCUCCCACCAAUGUGGUCAACGUGUCAGGAGUGAAGCGGAAGCGGAGAGAAGAUGGCAUAUGGGAUCAUGUCACUGGCUGCGCCCGCAGUGAGGGCUACUAUAAAAUCGACAAGAAAGACAAAAUUAAAUAUCUGAACAGCUCACGCCUACAGUCAGAAGAGCCUGAUGUGGACACUCAGGGGAAGAGUAUUCCAGCACAGCCCCAAGCAUCCUCUAGGGCAGGGUCGGAGCGACGAUCUGAACAGCGUCGCUUGCUCUCAUCCUUCAGUUGCGAUAGCGACCUUCUCAAGUUUAACCAGCUUAAGUUCCGUAAAAAGAAGAUCCGGUUCUGCAGAAGUCACAUUCAUGAUUGGGGAUUGUUUGCCAUGGAACCUAUUGCUGCUGAUGAGAUGGUUAUUGAAUAUGUUGGGCAGAAUAUUCGACAGGUUAUUGCAGACAUGCGAGAGAAGCGUUACGAGGAAGAGGGCAUCGGCAGUAGCUACAUGUUCCGUGUGGAUCACGAUACCAUUAUAGAUGCAACCAAAUGUGGCAACUUCGCCCGCUUCAUCAAUCACAGUUGCAAUCCAAACUGUUAUGCCAAAGUCAUCACUGUGGAAUCACAGAAAAAGAUUGUCAUCUACUCCCGGCAGCCAAUAAAUGUUAACGAGGAGAUCACAUAUGAUUACAAGUUCCCCAUCGAGGACGAGAAGAUACCUUGCCUCUGUGGUGCAGAGAACUGCAGGGGAACAUUAAAUUAACCCCAGCUGGAUAGGUGAGAACUAAAUUAACAUGCACUGCCCCGAAAGCCCAGACACCAGUCUUCUGGAGACACCAUGCCAUAACCGCAGGGAGCUACAGAGGAAUCGAUGGGUGGAAUCCAACACAUCCACAAAAUGUAUAUUGUGCAGCUAAGUGUCUGGGACUUCUUUUUGUACUUUUUCACAAUUGUUUACGAUUUACAGGUGCUCUUUCAAGCAUAAAAAUGAGUUUUCUACCACUCUUCCAUUGACCUCUAUAUGUCCGAAUAUACCGUAUUUAUCCCCAUAUGUUUGGGCACUAGGUUUGAUGUCGGUCCAAUUGGCACACUUUGCCCCGUGGAGCUCAAGGUCUGUGUCAGUCUCCUUUUCCUCUGCGGUUUGGUUAUGGAGAGACCUCCCCGUCACUGAACUCUAACCCUGAACACUUUAAGCUGCUUGUAUCUGUCCAACACGCACAAAAUUCCCAGUUUUAAAUAUUUUUUAAUAACUUCUCUGUACGUUAUCCCCCUCAUUCUGUGUGAAACAAGCUUACUUAGAUAUUCAAAACUUUAUGCAAAAAUUCAGUUACCAGGAAAGAUUUUACCAAGUUUAGCAUUCUUUGUGACACUAAUCGAUGUUGGGGGAUUGUCUUCAGUUUGCAGAACGUUCAACAGCUUAACAAAAGCACACCUGCGCUGGCCACAAAACAAAUGAGUUGACAAGGUCCAAAGCUCAUUCAGAUUUCACAAAGUGAAAUGCUCCCUCUGCAAUACUUGAGCCAGCGCUGUGUGAUAUCUACCAACUGAAUCUUUUCUGAGGAUCAAAAGCAAACCAGACAAUACACUACAGACUACACAUAGGCUCUCAUUUAAUCCAUUGUGACAUUUUUACCAAAAUUGUUCUGCAAAUUUGAGUGUGUGCACUGCCCCCUAUCGUCUGCAAAGACCUAAAGCUGCUUAAAUUCAGAUUCCAAUUUCUUAAAAAUCAUGAGGUACAUCUUAAUAAUAAUUCUGCAUCAUCUUAUGUGUCAGCUCACUUUUUCAAGUCAAGACUUUGGUUUUUACUUUAGUAGGUGCAACUGGCUUCAUAUACAUUGGUUCACUGGUGCUGAAUUUUCUAUAAUGGGGGAAUUCUCGCCAAUACAAUGCUGCUAUUAUGUGGUACUGCAAACUUCUGUUGCAUUUUCACGAGACCACUUUCUCUACCAGUUCUUUUUUAACACAGAUCAGGUCAGUUAGUGGGCGAAUCUCAUGAAAACACAUUCAAGUCAUAACACCCCCCCCCAACCCCCACUUUGAAUUUUCUAGUAAUUAUUGACAAUAACUCUCAUUAGAUUCUCUAUACUGUAAUACAGUAUAUUUUACCAUAUGCAGUAAAGAGAUUUUUUUAAAUAUCAUAAAUGAAAGGCAGUACAACAAACUACCAUAAUGUAUCAAUUCAUUAAUAUUUCAUAAUUUUUUCAUAAUACAGUAAUGUGAAAGUGUACUUAAUUGUCAUGAAAAUAUUGUCAUUAUAGGAGAAAAAUAUAUUAAUGGCCCUUAUUUAUUUGUUUUUUUUAUUACUUUAGGGUGAAAUUUUACCUGAACAUGUUCCAUGAGAUUCACUCUGGUUCUCAUAGUAUUAAGUAUUCUCUCUGUGUGCAUUGACUUAGUAAAUUAAUUCAUAAUCUCACACUUUAAAUGCUUACACUUUACUGGAAAUCUAGGUAAAUGCAUCUUCAUACUUAACCAGUGUUUAGAAUAAUCAAGGCCCCUGGAGUUUUAGGUCCAUCAGUGUUUUAAAAGCUGCUCAGGUUGAAGUCAACCUGAAAUCAUCUGGUGUAGACCCUGAAGAUCAAUGAGUCAAAUAUAGUGCCAAAUAAUAUGUACUUGGGGACCUUGAAGUGUUGCAGCUCCAAAGGCAAAACUGUUUCAACUUGUUUCCACACAGGUCUGUGUCCAUAGAUGGUAUCUAGAAAUCUUCAGUUCAUUGAUAACUUUGGGUGAUCUGUUGAGUUCCAUUAGCAUUUUGCUCAGUAUUUAACCAUCGAAAUGUGUUUAAAGAGCUAUUACAGCCAAAUUUCUCCCCCAAAAAGAGGACUUUUGCAAGGCAGCAUCUGGUCACUUUGCUAUUCUCGUUUGACUUGGUUAUGUUUAUAAAUGUGCUAGAAGCUUCCACCCUCAUCAAACCAACCGGCACUCACUCACAAUACCAAGCUAUAAACCUUCUAAGAAUAAGGAUAGCUAAUGUCCUUUACAUUAGACCCCAUCCCUGUUGUUUUUUUUUUCUUCUUUUAAAUAUGUUGAUAUUGUACAGGAUAUGAUUGUUUGUAUAAAGAAAUUAGGCUUUUUUUAUCUUGAUUGGGAGUGAUGCAUUGUUCUGCUUUUAUAAUUGACAAAUUGUGUAUUUAAAAUGACUUUUUCAGGGAUAAUUCUAUGAAAAAAGUGGUUGAAUAGCUAAUUUAAAGAAAAUGAUGCAUCUUGUACAUAAAACAGAUUUGUACUUCCUUUUGAAAGAUUGUUUCUUGUAGAAACGUCUUUUUUUCUGCCCAUUUUCCUUUGUGUAAAUACUUAGACUGUGAAUAUUUAAAUAUAAAUAUAUAUAUAUAUUUUUGUUCCUGAGGAUUUUCUACAGCAUCAUGUCUCAGAAAGGUCUAUUUGACAGUGAGUACAGAGAGCUGGUGGCAGUAUUUUCAGCUUGUGUCAAGCUUUAUUUUUUAUUUUUGGUUGUAAAUUCUAUGAAAAUCUGUUUGCAGUGUGGGGGAAAGCAUUAUCAUUCAGAAAUGGCAAGGAACAUAGGUGAAAUUGACUUACACCCCCUUGUCUAUUUAUUAUACAACAAAUGUAUGGAAAAAAGGAUAAUGGAAAAAU